ACAUCGUUGCGCAAAGUUGUGCGUUGGAAAAAAAGUUUAAAUAAUAACUUCUGAAGACAUCAGACUCAUACUGUUCCAGUUCGUUUCAGUUGCUAUAAGUUUGUUUCAAACCAUUCUUGUAUGUUCAUCUAUUAUCAAUAUUAUGUUUUUCUUUCGCUUUUUAACGUGUGUUUAAAAUAAGUAUCUAUCGUCGGAUUAAAAGCAACAAGCACCUAGGUAAUCGAGGAAAGAAAAAAUGAAGGCUCAAAAGAUAGUAAUUUCAGUAUUGGUGGCUCUGGCUACUGUGAUAUGUGGUGUUUUUUCAUUGGAUAAAGAAUGGUGGAAACACGCGAGUAUUUAUGAAAUAUAUUUAAGAUCGUUCAAGGACAGCGAUGGAGAUGGUAUAGGAGAUAUCCAAGGUCUUAUUUCCAAACUGGAUUAUCUAGUUGAGAUUGGAGUAGAUACCAUUUACAUGACGCCAUUUUACCCUUCUGCAAUGGCCGAUGGAGGGUACGAUGUUACCGAUUAUAAAGGAAUAUAUCACGAGUAUGGAACGAUGGACGAUUUCGAUCAGUUGAUGAAGGAAAUUAAAUCUAGAGAUUUAUACUUCAUAAUGGACUUGGUAAUCAAUCACAGUAGCGACGAACACGAAUGGUUUCAAAAAUCGAUCGAUAAAAUUGAUCCGUACACCAAUUACUACGUUUGGGCAGAUCCAAAAGGUUACGAUUGGAAUGGCACCGCUAUUCCGCCGAAUAAUUGGUUUAGUGUAUUUACUUUGAUGCAAGAAGGCACAGCGUGGAUUUGGAAUGAGAAAAGAAAGCAAUUCUAUUUACACCAAUGUCACCCCAGGCAACCGGAUUUCAAUUUAAGAAAUGAAGCCGUCAAAAAGGAAAUACAGGAUAUCAUGACAUUCUGGCUUGACAAAGGCGUAUCUGGAUUUCGAGUCGACGCCCCUAUGAUGUUCAUGGAAGACGAACAACUGCGAGAUAAUCCACCACUAAAAUCCAUAGUAACUGCAUGGACAGUCUUUGAAGAAUGUGAACGUACUAUAAAUCAUCCCGAGUCAUACAAGUUCGUCAACGAAUUAAACGUUUUUCUUCGAAAAUAUGAUCGAGAAAGUGGAAAACCAAUUCAAACUGCAUUACUAGGUGAAACCUAUGGACCAAUUAAUCAAGUCGUCAAAUACUACGGAACAAAGAAAUUUCCUGCAUUUCAUAUCCCAUUCAAUUUUCUUCUCCAGUUCUUAACCACGUAUCAGAAUGCUCGAGGUCUUCACGAUUAUCUGCAUACUUGGUUGGAUAAAGUACCAAAGGGCAUGACAUCAAAUUGGGUCAUGGGCAAUCACGACCAAGGUAGAAUUGCAGGCAACUUGAAUUCAGAAUACAAUUACAUAUUAUUGGCUAUAACUACCAUGCUACCAGGAGCGUCUACCGUGUAUUAUGGAGAAGAACUUGGUUUAGCAGCAAAUAAACUCGUUUCAAUUAAAGACAUCUAUAAUAGAUUUUCUCAUCGUACCCCGAUGCAAUGGGAUGAUUCGAGAAAUGCUGGUUUCUCUACUGCUGAAAAACCCUGGACACCUUUGCAUCCAAAUUACUGGCACAUGAAUGUCCAAACCCAAAGAACCGACAUAAACAGUACAUUGAAUUACUUCAAAGAUUUAAUGUCUCUUCGAAAAACAGACACCAUGAUAUACGGUGACUUGAAAUUCUACAUUAUAUCGGAAUGGGUGCUGGCUUUUUCAAGAGCUUCGAAACAAACCGGUUACAUCAUCGUGAUGAAUUUAGGAACAGAAACUGAACCAAUGGAUUGGCCCAUUGAAAUGAAUCAUUUUUCAAUAACCUUAACUGUGGUAGCUUCGAGUCCUAAUUCUGGCUACAAGAAAGGGUUCAAGAUUAAAACGAGAGGGAACUAUCCAUUGACAUCGGUGCUCAGACCUCAUUCUAUUGUUAUAUUGAGUUCUAGCGAUAUUCAUUGAAGUUGAGAGAAUUUUAGAUAGGUACCUAGCAAGGCGUACGUUGAAAUUGUAUGAAAUUCGACGUCGAUUCAUUCUAUAAAAUAUUAUAAUAUAUACCCUGUUAUCAUAAACCUAAUCGCAUUAUUACAUUAUUUUUUUAAGUGCAUACCUAUGAUAAAAAAAUAACAAAAAAAUUACACUGAUAUAUCCCAUUUA